AGAAAAAAAAAUUGAAUCGUCGCCUGAGAGAUUCGAACUCUCGCGGGGAAACCCCAUGUACUUAGCAGGCACACGCCUUAACCACUCGGCCAAAGCGACAACUACAUGAUGAUUUUUGUACAAUAUUUAGAGAUUAUAACAUAACAAUAAUCUAAAGGUAAUCAUUAGAUAAAGGGAUGAUAGAAUCUUUAAAUUCGCGAACGUCGAAUCAUUUAUAUACUUGUUUACCAAGAAAUAACCUUCUUCUUGAUUGUGAAUGCAAAACCCUAAAAACCCUAGACUCCCACACUUGUAAAAUAAACAACCAAAUUAUUAUAACGCCCAUAAACGAAACAAUGGCUAUGUCUUAUAUGAUCCGCAGAGCUUCUUCUGCAGUUAUUUCCCGUGCAAUUCGUCCAAUUGCAUCUUCAAAAACCAUGCCUGCUGGAUCCAUAAACAACGCGAUCUACAGCGGUACCAACAAUUUCUGUACGGACUCCAUGAAAAAGAAGCUGCUCAAUGAAAAAAUCCUCACAGCCUUGAAAUCCGAAAUCGAAUCGGAGGAGAAACAUCAAUUUAAGCACGUGCUUCCGGCCCCACCGCCCGAUUUCCCAUUCACAAUGGAACACGGUUAUUUCUGGGGUAACGAGAGGAUCACCCUGAAAAGGGAUUUCAACGGAGAGAAAAUCGAGUUUGUUGCGGAACAUUUCUACGAUCGCGAAUCGGACAUUUAUGACGGCGACGUAAGAUCGGAGACCGAUGGUUCUAUUCAGGCGUCGUCUGUCGAGGUGGACGUCAGCAUCUCGAAACCGAGUGGACGAAAGAUUAUGCUUCAGGCUACCGCUGCUUCGUAUGAGGUCUCGGCUAAUGAAAUUUGGGCAGGGGAGGAAUCUGCCACAGAUGAACAACUUCUUGGACCCUACCUCGUGGGUGUGGAUGAAGAAGAUGAAAUGGAAAAUGGUUUGAGAGAGUAUGUUGAAAUAAGAGGGCUUAAGAAAAGUUAUGUUCCAUUCCUUGCCAAGUACAUGGCCGCCAAAUCCAAACGCCGCCCUCUCCUUGUGCUGCAAAAGACCAUGGAUUUUCUCCAACACUGCAAUUAA